CAAUUAGAAUCGGUUGGGCAGGUACCGAGAAUCAUGGGGGGUUUGACCCAAAUUAUGGGGAAAGCUAUGGUGGUGGUUUGUGGUUUUUGUUUUCCCUGUUUUUAGAUGUUAAUCGUUUCACAGAAGAUGGCAUUCCUCGGAUCCGCCUUGCUUGUAGUGAAGACCGAAUAGGGAGAUAUAGAAGGGUCAUCGUCGAAAUUAACUCUCCUCCUUCUCCCGCCUCUAACCCUAACCAGCUAACGCUAGAUUCCUUCUUUUCUUUUGUUUUUAAUCAGAAAUUUCAGAAUCAGAAAGCCCCAAACGGAGAUGGGCAGGAAGGAAAGAGCCAAGGAACGAAGGGAAAAGAGAAUGCAAGAAAUAUCCCUUCUCAGGACCAUUCCUUACUCCGAUCACCAGAGGUGGUGGUCUACUGAAACCAUUGCCGUGGUUACGGGUGGUAAUAGAGGAAUUGGAUUUGAGAUUUCAAGACAAUUUGCAAUGCACGGAAUGACCGUGAUCUUGACUUCAAGAGAUGUUUCUGUUGGCAUUGAAGCAGCUAAAGUUUUACAGGAAGGUGGCCUGAAUGUUGCCUUUCAUCAACUGGAUGUCUUGGAUGCUUUAUCCAUCAAACAAUUUGCUGAUUGGCUGCUACAAAACUAUGGUGGUUUGGAUAUUCUGAUAAAUAAUGCUGGAGUCAAUUUCAAUCUUGGGUCUAGUAAUUCUGUAGAGUUUGCUCAGAUGGUUAUUGCCACUAACUAUUACGGCACCAAAAAUAUGAUUCAAGCUAUGAUCCCCUUGAUGAAACCUUCGUCUGCCGGUGCUCGCAUUGUUAAUGUCAGUUCGAGGUUGGGCAAGCUGAAUGGCAGGCGAAAUAGAGUGGAAAAUGUAGCAUUUAGAGAACUACUAAGCAAUUUGGAUACACUCACAGAAGAAGUAAUUGAUAGGAUUGUGUCUACUUUUUUGCAACAAGUAGAGGAUGGAAAUUGGGAAACUGGUGGGUGGCCUCAGUUAUCAACUGACUACUCUGUAUCAAAACUUGCAGUUAAUGCAUACACCAGGUUAAUGGCAAAAAUAUUUGCCGACCGACCCGAGGGUCAUAAGAUUUAUGUGAACUGCUACUGCCCUGGUUGGGUGAAAACUGCUAUGACAGGGUUCGCUGGGAAUGUUUCAGCAGAGGAAGGGGCUGACACUGGCGUCUGGCUUGCCUUGCUUCCAGAUCAGGCAGUGACGGGUAAAUUUUUUGCUGAGCGACGGGAGAUAAGCUUCUGAGAGAAUUAGUCUGAAGAUGAAAGCAGGUUUGAAGAUAAAUUAUCCCCAGCAAGCAUGAAAGAGAAAACAAUCCACUAAUUUUGGAGGUUGCGAAAUCGUUUGUGCUUUAAGAGCUAGAAACUGUGACGCGGAAGUGACUUAUAAGUUAAACAGCCUUAAAUUUUGUUUAUAUGAAACCUUGUCAAGCACUUCCAUUAUCGAAUCUCAUCCCUCAAUUGGUAUGGUAAUUAAUAUUAGCUUUCAAGCAAUAAUUAUGUCACAAAUUAAAUACCUGCGUCGAGAAUAAGUGGGGUUAGAUCAAAGAUAUGCAUGGAUGGCUAGGAACUUCAGACCAUAUAGAACGAGUCUCUUAAUUUCAUAGAAGUGCGAUCAAAAUAGUUCUCUCGUUUCAAAGACCGUACAUGGGAUUACUUGAUUGAUGGCUGCAUAUUGAGGUCACCGCGGCCUCUUGUUUCGGACAUUGAUACCUUGCACAAGGUAAAAAUUCUUCUAAGCAGGUACAAGUGUAUAAGCGAACUCGACUUUCGACAUGAAGUAGAUGAUAAAUCUUCUUGUCCCAAA